UCACUCCUUUCGUCAACUACCCCUUUUCCUUUUCUCUCUGUCUUUCUUAGUUUUCCCCCUUUGCUCCAUUUCUUUAUUCAGUCAGGCCUGUGUCCUGCUGCAGAAGGGAUCUGAACCUCUUAGAGGAGAUGCCAGAGCCCAUAUGAGUCUUGUCGUUGGUUGGACCCCUGGGGCCAGGGCCGGUAGGAUGUGCUUCAGGUUGAACUGUGCUUGCUCAAAAGCUUUUACCUUGGAACUUUAAGGCGGGAUGAAACUGGAUGAAUAGUAGGAUUUGUUGUACCUGAUCCUUUUGAAUGUUGAGACAUUAACUCCACAUAUCUGAGCCUCUUUGGGCCUGUGUUCUUGUUGAUUCUUGGAUGACCCUUGAUCUGUUACCACGUGCUGAUUGGCUUGGGCUGUGUUGGUGUUGGUGAAUGGCGCGGCGCAGUUCAGGUGGACACGGGCGGGGAGGCAGCUGGCUCACGGCCUGUUUUUUUCCAUCAUCCUCAGGGAAAGAGUGUGGAGAAGCCUUGGGUGCAGAGGAGUGUAUGUGUGUGUAUGUGGUGACGGCGGACUAUCAGCGUCAAGAGAACACAGAAAUCAGUCUGAAAGCAGGAGAGAGAGUGGAGGUGAUUGAAAAGAGUGAGAGCGGGUGGUGGUUUGUAAGAACAGCUGAAGAACAAGGUUGGGUUCCUGCAACAUACCUUGUCUCCCUCACAGGACGUCGAGACAGCCACAGAGCAACGAAUGGAGAGACAGAGUGGUAUAUUACAGUUCAGUCCUUCAGCAGUUCGAGUCAGGAUGAGCUGGGCUUUGAGAGUGGCGUCAUUGUUGAGGUCAUCCAGAGGAAUCUGGAGGGCUGGUGGUUCAUACGUUAUGGUGGUAAGGAGGGAUGGGCCCCAGCUGCUUACCUGAGGAAAAUGCAAGAUGGUGCCGUGGCUGGUAACCAGGCAACAGAGACAAAUAAACCAGCUGUGCAUGGUCAGGUGGAAAUCAUCGGAAACCUUAUGGAGAUCAGCAACCUCCUGAACAAGAAACCCGUUAACGAACGGCACUCGCAUACACAAUCUGACACCAAUGCACACCUUAACAACAACACACUAAUACAUUCAGCAAACACAUACAUGCACUCGCAGACUGACACAUAUACACAGUACAACGGCGAUGCAGAGCAGACUGAUGCUUACAGUAACAAUACACACACUGACAGAAACAGCAGCAUUAGCACAGCUGCUAACAUGGGCAGGAGUAGCUCAGAGAGAGACUCGGAUGAUCAGGUCAACCUGCACACUGACUCGAGUGUGCAUCUGUCUGUCUCAGAUAGCAGUGUGUCUGUGUCAGUGCCAGAUGCUUGUGUUUCUGCGUCUGUUUCUGAAGCAAAUGUGUUAUCAACACCAUCCGCCCUAAAGACCAAAACUGUCCCUCCAUCUCCUGCCAUUGCUCGAGUCGCACCUCAGAGAUUCCACAGCGUUGAGACCAGAUCCCCAUCAAACAAUCAAAAACCACCUCCCCGUCGAGAAAACAGCCUGGGAUUUCAGUUACCGCAGCCCCCAGAUCCCCCUACUGUUGAAGCCGAGUAUUACACCAUCGCUGAGUUCCGGUCCUGCUUGACAGAUGGGAUCAGUUUCAACGGAGGACAGAAAGCUGACGUCAUUGAGAAGAACUCUGGAGGCUGGUGGUAUGUCCAGAUUGGAGAGAAGGAGGGUUGGGCCCCUUGUUCUUACAUUGACAAACGCAAGAAGCCCACCUUGAACCGCCAAACCAGUACAUUGACCCGCCCCAAGGUCCCACCUCCUGCUCCGCCAAUCAAAAAGCAGAACUCGCUUCCAUGUGUUGAGUCUGAGGAUGUGAGCCUAGCAAGUCCACCAGUGUAUGAGGAACCAGAAUAUGAUGUUCCAGCAGUGGGCCUUGAAUUUGACCCUGAGCUGGAGUUUCUCAGAGGAGACGCACCGACUAAAGCCCCUCCUCCUCUGUGUCAGCGCAUCGUUUCCUUCACAUUGGGCGAGGGGGAUGAAGAGGAUGAUGAGGGUAUAUAUGCGAACGGUGGCUUCAGAUCUGUGCCACAGUGUAAGGACAGUUACUCUGACAUAUACUCGCCCUCUGCGGCCCAUCGGGCAUCUAUGUGGGAUCCACCGGAAUAUGACGCCCCUACAAUCGAGCAUGGCAUUGACACCAAUACGACACUCUACGCACACUCAAAGCAACCUUACCUCAAACAGCAGGCUGAUGAGUCUAAAUGCAAACCAUCCGUGCGCCCGAAACCCGCAAACCAAGACUGUAGUUCCCUCAGAAGCCCCCGAAACCUGGAGCAACCAGGCCGGACGCAGUUCAGGACCUCCUGCACAUCUGAGGAGUCAGAAAAUGGCUCAUGGGAUGAUUUCCAGAUGAGAUUCUCAGAUCCAUCUUCACUCCUGUACCGCACUACUGCAGCGUACCAACGAGAAGAGCCGUGUGAGCUCAGCUUUCCUGCGGGAGUGCCGGUGGAGGUGCUGGAGAAGCAGGAGAGCGGCUGGUGGUUCGUCCGCUGGGGGAACGAAGAGGGAUGGGCACCCACUUACUAUCUACAGCCAAUCAAAAGCACAGAAACAAGUGGUAUAGAAGCCAAAACCACCGAGAAGGUUAAUUCUGAGACGUCUUGGUGUGCAGCUCCUGAGUUGGAGAUUUCAGUGCAGGUAGAUGUUGGAAAGAUGGGUAAAUGUGUAAGUUUGGAGAAGAACGAGCAGCGUGUUAACCAAAGCCUGAAGGGCGGACACAGAUCUAACCAGCAGAACUGCAGGGUUGGCGUGAAACAGCUCGCCGUCAGACCUCAGAACGUCCUUAAGGACAACACUAAUAUGCACACAACUCCCACAGGAUGGAGGAACGACAUGGUGACUAAUCAUACCGCACUACAUAGCUACAAUGACCAAACGUCCUCUUCCUGUGUUGGUAAUACCGAGAGCAUGAGGCGUAAGGUACCGGUGUCAAUGGUGAAGCCUAAACCUCAUCUGAUCCACAACAACCUGCGCGAGGAGUACGUUUCUAUUGCCGAUUACUACGGUGAUGCAGAGACCAUGAGCUUCCCUGCAGGUACGAGGCUGGAGGUCCUGGAGAGAAACCCUAAUGGAUGGUGGUUCUGCCGUGUGCUCGACACGGCUAAAACACGCAAGGGAUGGGUGCCCUCCAACUUCCUGGAGAGGAGGAGCUAGUGUUCUUUGAUUCUGCCAUCAGAAACAAAAAAGGAUACCAGAAUAAAUGAUUUCCCAUUACCAAACAGCAUUCAUUUUAAACACUCUAUCUUGACCGUGACCCCAAUCAAAACGUGUUUUCUUUUUAUUUCAUAUGAGACUUGGCCGUCUCUGUUCACAAAAUCAAAGGAAACACAAACAGAGCA